GAAGAGAUUUAAUAGAUGAUGGAAUAACUUUAAUAAGAAUCAUCUAUGAAAGAUUAAAUUAUAGAAUAAUUGCAAUAAUAAUUAUAAGAUAAUCAAGAAGCAUUUAAUGAAUUACAAUCCAAAUUGGCAAGUGGUUCUAAGCAAAAACAAUAAUAAUCAUCUAAUAAAAAAUCAGCAAAAAGCUAAGAUAAUGAAAAAGACGAAGUUAUAUAGGAGUUAGGAUAAUAAUUAGAAGCUAAAGAUGAAGAAAUUCAUAAAUUAGAAGGUAGCCAUUUUAUUUUUAACUAUAGAUUUAAUUGAAAAUUUCAAAUAACUUUAUUAACAUAUGAGUGAUGAAAAAUAAUAAUUAUAAGAUGAAGUCGAUAAAUUAGCAAAUGAAAAUAAUCAAUUCAGAGAAAUAUUUAGUGUAAAUAUAAAUUAUUAUUAUUAGCAAAAUCUUCAUUUGUUUGGAAUAGAUCCUGAAUAAUUAAAUGAAGAAGGAGAAGAGGCAGAAAAUGAAUAUCCUGAAGAAAUUGCUGAAGAAAAUGAUGAGUAGGGUGAUUGA